UCUAUUGAAGCUGAGGCUUCAGUUUCCAUUCAGUUGUUGGCUGCUGGGUGGAAGGAGGCGACGUGUGAAGCAUGAGGGAGCAGCCUGUGCUCUGUGAGGAGCUCUCUGUGGACUUCCCCUUGGAGAUGAAGUGAAGCUGUGUGCUGCCUCCCUUGUGGAAUUCUCUGCCAGCAUGGACGGGCUGCUUGUUGUCUUCCUCAUCUCCCUGGGCAUGUUCCUGGGCUGCUUUCUCUUGGGUCUGAUACCUUUGGUUGUGAAACUUUCGGAGCAAAAGCUGCAGUUUGUGAGCGUCCUGGGAGCCGGAUUACUCUGCGGGACGGCGCUGGCUAUAAUUAUACCAGAAGGGAUUGAACUGCUGGACGGCUCCUCCAAAGGUUCUGCAGUGAAAUGUGUGAAUGUGAACCUGACGGCCGCUGCAGAGGAGGAGGUAGCCGAGGUCAGCUCUGUGCCCCCGCACUUCUUCAUUGGGGUCUUCCUGGUGACUGGAUUUGUCCUCAUGUUCAUUGUGGAUCAGAUCGGCAGCUACUGCUCCUAUCAUGAUCCCCGGACAGGAAUGUCCGCUGGUACCAGUAUAACGGCCACACUGGGACUGGUGAUCCACGCUGCAGCCGAUGGAGUUGCCCUCGGAGCAGCCGUUGCAUCCUCUCAGGUGUCGGUACAAGUUAUUGUCUUCUUUGCAGUAAUAUUACACAAGGCACCAGCAGCAUUUGGUCUGGUCUCGUUUCUCAUGCAUGCGGGAUUAGAGAAGAAACAAAUUCAGAAGCAUCUCCUGGCGUUCUCAAUAGCUGCUCCGCUCCUUACAAUAACAACUUACUUAAUUCUUAGUAUGACGGGGGGCUCCCUACAGCACAGACUAAGUGCAACAGGAAACGGGAUGUUGUUCUCUGCCGGGACUUUCCUUUACGUGGCGACUGUUCACGUGUUACCAGAGAUUAGCGGCAGGGGGCACCAUCAACACCAAGGAGCAUCAGAAUACAGACCUCAAGGCCUAGGACUUUUGGAGAGCAUGACGCUGGUGGUUGGAGCUUUCCUGCCGGUUCUGCUUUCCUUAGGACUUCACGAUGGCUGAAAACAAUGUCUGGAGCGUCUGCUCCAUUCAUAGUGCCUGUAGUAGAUGCUGCCAUUUUUUUAAGAGAUGCACAACAAUGACCGGUGAAUGAAGCAUUCAAUCCAUUGGGAUAGACUUUUUGUAUGUUUAAGAUGCACAUGUUGAGAGUUGUAGUGUAGUAACAACAUAAGUGCUGCAGUAUUUCUGAGGACGGGAGCAUAAAAUGAUGAGUGAGGGACUGUUUUCUUAUUAUUUUUUAAUUUAAUGUUUUUAGGCUCAUUUAAUUGACCCCUUGUUGAUACCACAUGCAGUAACAAAGAAAAGGACCCUGUGGGAGGAAAGCCCCUUGGGAAGUGAUGUCACUCUAGAUAUUAAAAUCCAUCUUCACCGUAUGCUCCUCAUAGUAGUGGUAGUAAUAGUAAUGGGUGGUAUACUUACAACAUAUCAAGAAGGUUAUGGGGUGUCAGGGCGUGGGCUCAUGGACUCUUAUUAGACCAUGUUGCCCUAUUAUUUUGGGGUUUGAGGCCCUGGGUUAACUUUCAUUGUGGCAUAUUGAUGAACAGGCCACGGCAGUGGUCACUGAGACCUGAAAGGUAAGGCUCAAUU